GCAAAAUUGUCUUUUACCAGAGGAAAAGCUUAAUAACACCCCAUCGCAUUUAGACGAUUUAGAUGCCGAAACUGAAACAGACCUUCGAAUAUUAGGAUGUGAACUGAUACAAACGGCUGGAAUUCUUUUGAAAUUACCUCAGUUAAGCACAAUAGAAAAUUGUAAGUUAAUUCUAUUGCGAAGUUAAACUCCGCGAGAUUGUAAAUCUAAAGGUAUCGUACAAAUUAAGGAAGAGGAAGGAACAUGAUACUAUCGUCACGUUCUCUCGUCGUUUUCUUCACGUAUCUUUCGUGAUAUCUACAACAUUAUAACAUGGUAUAAUCCCAAUAAAAUUGUAUGUAUUAUUAUUGUACAUAUUUGGAUAUCCCUUGUAGUUAGUAUGGCAAAUAAAUUGGUUUUGGUACAACCAUUCGAGAUGAAAGUUGCAAUGGCCACUGGACAAGUAAUAUUUCAACGCUUUUAUUAUAGUAAAUCAUUAGUCAGGCAUAAUAUGGAAAUAACAGCCAUGGGUUGUAUCUGUUUAGCUUGUAAGAUAGAAGAAGCACCCAGAAGGAUUAGAGAUGUUAUUAAUGUUUUUAAUCACAUUAAGCAAGUUUCCUGUCAAAGGCCGAUACAACCUGUAAUAUUGGAUCAGAAUUAUGUGGCAUUGAAAAAUCAAGUUAUUAAGUCAGAACGAAGAGUAUUAAAGGAAUUGGGUUUUUGUGUACAUGUAAAACAUCCGCACAAAAUCAUAGUAAUGUACUUGCAAGUUUUGGGUUAUGAAAGGAAUCGUGCCCUGAUGCAACAAUGCUGGAAUUAUAUGAAUGAUUCAUUAAGAUCGGAUGUAUUUUUGAGGCAUCAACCAGAAACCGUAGCGUGUGCAUGCGUAUAUUUGGGUGCACGUCAGCUUCAAUUACCUUUGCCAUCCUCGCCACCGUGGUUUUCCCUUUUCAAAGUCAAUGAAUCUGCUAUAAGGGACGUUUGCCGUCGCAUUUUACGAUUAUAUUAUAGGCCACGUGUAAAUCCAGAACAAUUGGAAAAAAAAGUGGAAGAAUUGCGUCGCCAAUAUGAGGAGGCAAGAACAAAAGCUCGAGGUGGUGAUGUUGAUAGUCAUACUCCAAGUCCACCAUUGCCUAAACAUCAUAAUGCUUGGGGUGGUUUUAUUAGUCGCAGUGGCACACACGCUGUGCCAGAAAGAACUAAAUCACCGAGACGUUCCAAGUCAACCAGUACUUCUCCGUCAAAAGGAGAAGGAGCAAAGCAUAAUAAAAGAAAGAAACAUGCUAGUAGAAGUAGAUCUCGUAGCCAUAGCCAUGGUAGAUCUCGUAAACCCAAGAAAGCUCAAAGAAGAAGAUCAGGUAGUCACAAAUCAUCACGCAGUCGUUACAGAUCACAUAGUCGAUCCCGAGAAAGAGAUUCGGAAAAAUCAAGUAAACAUCGCAGUAAACACAGACGGCAUUGAACGUAUCACAAUAUAAGUGCGAAAUAAAAUUAGGUUAUAAAAAACAAAAAACAAAAAAAAAAAAACAAAAAAAAAAUAUGAAAUUUCUCGAAUAAAAUUUGGAAUUCCUAGGGAAAAAUAAUUUUUUCUUUGAGAAGUUGUAACGUUUGUAAUUUGUAAUCUUUGUAAAUAAAAUAUCAUUUUGAACUA